AUGAAUCAGAGUCCCAACUUGGUCGUAAACGAGGCAUUAUGGGAGGCGUACUUAAAACGAGCGGCGCAGCUUUCUGAUAAGUGCCAUUUUCGAUCGCUGCUGAGAGUGUUCCAAGCUGCAGCAUCUGUACGAAUAUAUAAUCGUCGAGUUAUACCAUACUACCGUACAUUAUUGUCGGCAUGUGCGGUGAAGUUCGGCGAGAUGAAACCGGAGAAUUUCUGUCAUCUGAUGCAGGCACUUUCUCGAUUGCAGUACAGGGAUGAGAGGUUAGUAAUGAUGUUACAGAAAACGGCAUUGACUUGGCCGACGGUGACGCACAAGAUCCUCGUGAAAGCUGCUAACUCGGCGGCUAAGCUCGACCUUGCUUCUCAGCUUUGGUGUAAACCUCUGUCGAUUGCUUUGUCGCAAGCAGUAUGUGAAAAUACUCUCAUUGUGAAGGAGUUUAUGAACAUCAAGUGGAUAACAGUUGUGGAGAUGUUUGAUGAUGCUACUAUGAUUAACUACUUGUAUCGGGCGGAGGCAGUGAAGAGGGAACAGCUUAGUGAUAUGAGGUACAGUAGGCAUUUACAGGUGGUGGAGAUGUAUGUACGACUGUGUAAGGAGGAAAGUGUUUGGGAACAAUUGGAUGAUAAUGUGAAGGAGUUCCUCCGCGAUUUGCGAAGUGACGAGAAGAGUGUCGAGGAUGAGCGCGAGCGGCUAAAGGAGGAGAAGAAGAAGUCGAAGGAGAGGCAGCGGAAAGAGCUGCACAAGUACAAGAAAAGACUGAAAAAAUACGGUGAAAAAGCGCGACCGUUGGCUGUCAAAAAAACUAAGACUCAGCGACGAGCAUUGAGCUGCGAGCUCCAUGGGGAAGUAGCUGAGCUGCUCGUCGGAGUAGGUUUGGAAUUGAUGAUAGGAGUGAAAGCGGGGCCUUUCAAUUUGGAUAUGUUCCACGCUGCAACGAAUACAGUCAUUGAAGUGUGCCCGGAGUGGCAGUUUUAUGCCAAGACUACACAUCUCACCUCGCGGAGCAGAGUACGACAUAUGCUUAUACGGAAAAUGGAAUUCAACUUGGCGCUGAGUCCAUAUCCCGAAGACGAAGGUGCGUGUACGCUCACUGCCGAUUUUCAUCUCUCCAUCACGGUCCAACGAGUGCCACGUCCUACCCGGUGCUCUUGCGUAUCGUGUCGGUUCUUCAGCGAAGAGUUUCGCAAGACAGUCUUAGCUGCCACUUCCCAGCUCCCUAGUGGCGGUUCCAAACGUUCUUUUCGUACUCCUACUGAGCGUCCUGCCUCUGACGAUGCCACUGUUGACGAGUAUAACGGUAUUUAUGGGAGGAAAAAUGCUCAGUACAACUCUCCAGAUGGAUCUACUACUGAAAGUGAUGCCUUUACCGCCACUCCGGGUUGCCCUCCUUCCGCCCCGUCCUCCACCUCCUCUACACGAGUCGAGCGCGACUCUCCCUCACCCCAAACCGUGUCUUACUCUCGUUGGCGCUAUGAUGCUUAUCUCGUCCACAGAGGGCCUCGCCAGACGUUUGAUCCUCUCGUUGAUUUCUCUAUUGUGUUUGGCGGCAGCAGUUAUGAUGCUUUAGAUAGUAUCCAGUCAUCCCCUGUUUAUGACGACUGCAGUUAA